AACACUAACAGCCAAUCAGGAUAGAAAGCUGUCGGCCAAUCCGCUGAAACAAGAAGACUUUCGGUAAUACCAUAGGAGCCUGUCAGAAAGGGGUGCCUUUUAUUGUGUGAUUGAGCCUCCUUGCUUUGUGACUUGAUAACUGAACUUGCUGUAUGAAGACAGGUGACAGAAAGGAAGCGGAGGCCAGGCAGGAAAAAGUGCGCAUGCGCCCUUGCUCCCUACUGAUGCGCGAAUACCGGCGAGAGAGAACUUGAGUCUCCCUUUAAAAUGGUGUAGUCUAGUAUCUUGUCACGUGACUUCGUUCCAAGAUGGCAGCCGCGGUGUCCGGGUUGACAACUGAGGCGGACGAGUUCGAGGACGCGCCUGACGUGGAGCCGUUGGAGCCGACCCUGAGCAACAUCAUCGAGCAGCGGAGCCUCAAAUGGAUCUUCGUUGGAGGGAAGGGUGGUGUCGGGAAAACCACCUGCAGCUGCAGCCUAGCUGUGCAGCUCUCCAAAGUGCGGGAGAGCGUCCUUAUCAUCUCCACCGACCCUGCUCAUAACAUUUCGGAUGCCUUCGAUCAGAAGUUUUCCAAGGUUCCUACCAAAGUAAUGGGCUAUGACAACCUUUUUGCAAUGGAGAUUGAUCCAAGCUUGGGUGUGGCAGAACUUCCAGAUGAAUUCUUUGAGGAAGAUAACAUGCUGAGCAUGGGCAAGAAGAUGAUGCAGGAGGCAAUGAGUGCCUUCCCUGGUAUUGAUGAGGCCAUGAGCUAUGCAGAAGUGAUGAGGUUGGUGAAGGGAAUGAAUUUCUCCGUGGUGGUGUUUGACACAGCACCCACAGGGCACACGCUACGGCUGCUCAAUUUCCCCACCAUCGUGGAGCGGGGACUGGGCCGCCUGAUGCAGAUAAAGAACCAGAUCAGUCCCUUCAUAUCGCAGAUGUGCAACAUGCUUGGCCUGGGAGACAUGAAUGCUGACCAGCUGGCCUCCAAGCUGGAGGAGACCCUGCCUGUCAUCCGUUCAGUCAGCGAGCAAUUCAAGGAUCCGGAGCAAACCACCUUCAUCUGUGUCUGUAUUGCCGAGUUCCUGUCCCUGUAUGAAACAGAGAGGCUCAUCCAGGAGCUGGCCAAGUGCAAGAUCGACACCCACAAUAUCAUAGUCAAUCAGUUGGUUUUUCCUGACCCGGAGAAGCCCUGCAAGAUGUGUGAGGCCCGGCACAAAAUCCAGUCCAAAUAUCUUGACCAGAUGGAAGACCUCUAUGAAGACUUCCACAUUGUAAAGCUGCCACUUCUGCCCCAUGAAGUGCGAGGGGCUGACAAAGUCAACACCUUCUCGAGUCUGCUGCUGGAGCCCUACAAGCCACCCAGUGCAAAAUAAAGCCCAGUGGACUGGCUCCCAUGGAUUUCCCCUCUCUACCAUUCCAUGCCUGCCCUUCCUCCUCACCCUUCUCCUGCUGGAACUCCUCCCCUUCCAGUGGCCUCCCUUAUCUGUUUGAAAUUGUGUGAUUGACAGGCUUGUGGUGGGGUUGGAAGAAGCAGUAUUUGAAGAUCCCACUUGUUUCCCCACUAAUGCUGAUACUUCUCCUUGGGGCACCCCAGAACCAGCUACAACAUUGAAUCCCUUCCUCUCACUGACCAGCUAGCUAACCUUAACUUAAACUUGGGUCACUUUUUGUUUCUCUGUCACUCUGGCUUCUCCCUGGAUCGUGUUUCCUGGGGCUGAUGCUGUUCUAGCUGAGGGUCCCAGUAAGGUGCUGUAAUUAGACAGAGACUGUCAGUCCAUUUACAAUACCAAGGCCAUCCAUGUUAAUUGGAAGUAUGUAAAUAAACUGUAAGGGAAAUGA